AUGGGGAGUGGUACAUCAGCACUAACACCAAAAGUGAUUUAUUUUUCAAUCAAUGGAAAUAUUGAAAGGUUGAUGAUCUCAUUGUCAUGUUCACAUUGUGAAAUUCACGAGUUAUUAUGCCUUCUGUCAAAUGUUCCAAGGUCGUCUCAUGUGAUGAUCACUGAUGUGAAUGGAUUAAAUGUGCCUUGUUCAGGUUCAAUGCCAGCGAAUACAUAUAAUACACCAUAUACUGUGACAGUUGUGCACAGUUCAGAACCGAGUGAAAUUAGCCUCAUUGCUCGUAUGUUUGAAUCGCUGACAGUACAGUUAAAUGAUACUCUGAAAAUUACUGAUCUGAAAAAUGAAUUUGCAGAUCGAAUGCAGCUGUUAGAAAAACGAAUGGUUGUUGAAUCUGAUCGUCUUAACGAUUUGGAACGAGUUAGAAAAGAACUGCAAGAAUUGAGAAAUCUGUUUUAUGAAAGAAAAUCAACUUUUUCAGGCAGUAGCGCUGAACGUGCUUAUCCAGGAAAUCUUCGAAUGAGCAGUAAUGGUAUCAAAAUUGUAGAAAUGCAAAAUUUGCCAGUUUUUGAAAAGUAUACACUCACCCAAUCAACUAUUGACUUUUUAAAGAAGCCAACCUUUGAUAUUUGGCACUGGGAACCAAAUGAGAUGCUGGCAUUACUGGAGCACAUGUAUAGUGAGUUGGGAUUGGUUGCAGAAUUCAAUAUUAAUCCGCUUACUUUGAAACGCUGGUUGUUGUGUAUACAGGCGAAUUAUCGAAAUAAUCCAUUUCAUAAUUUUCGACAUUGUUUUUGUGUUGCCCAAAUGAUGUAUGGUAUAUUAUAUCUGUGUGGAUUGAAUAAUGAUUUUUCACGUGAAGAACUUGGCAUCCUAUUGACAGCAGCUGUAUGCCAUGAUUUAGAUCAUCCUGGAUAUAGUAAUUCUUAUCAGAUCAAUGCAAGAACUGAAUUGGCUAUCCGAUACAAUGAUAUAUCACCGCUUGAAAAUCAUCAUUGUGCUGUAGCCUUCAGUAUACUGAAUCAUCCAGAAUUGAAUAUUUUUGCAAAUGUUAGUCAAGAUGUUUUCCGUCGAAUCAGACAGGGAAUGACAAGCCUUAUUCUAGCUACUGAUAUGGCUAGACAUGGUGAAAUAUUGGAAACAAUGAGAAGACAUUUAGAAGAAGGUUUUUCAAUGAAUAAAAAAGAACAUCGUGAAACCUUUAAAAUGGUGCUUAUAAAAUGUUGUGAUAUUUCAAAUGAAGUCAGACCAAUGAAUGUUAGCGAACCAUGGGUUGACUGUUUACUUGAAGAAUACUUCAAUCAGUCUGAUCGUGAAAAAUUGGAAGGUUUACCAGUAGCUCCAUUUAUGGAUCGUGAAAAAGUUACUAAACCAUCAGCUCAAAUUGGUUUCAUUAAAUUUGUAUUAAUCCCAAUGUUUCAGACUGUAGCGAGUGUUUAUCCAAUCAUUGAUGAACUUAUGGUGACUCAGUUAAAUUCAGCAUUAGAACGAUAUGAAAAAAUGCAGGCUGAAGACGAGGCGAAAAAACGAAGCGCUAGUUUAAAUGAAGCUGAUUGAAGAUGAAUGGGAUACAAAGGCAAAUGAAGAAAACAAAAGAGUAACAAAAAAUCAGAAUUUUAAUUAAAAACAAAAGACAAAAAAACUAUCGAGCUAUUUAUAUACAUAUGGUACAUUAUGACUUCCAUUGUUCAUUGUUCAAUGGAUAAAAAUCUUUCUUUUUUUUAAAAAAAGUAAAGUAAUUGUGCUG